AUGGGCCGCCACUCGCCGUCCGUCGGCCACCGUCUCCUCCUGCCGACCGCCCGCCUCCCGCCGCAGCCCGUCGGAGGCCCCCACCCGCCGUACGCCGGCCACCGUCUCCCGUCGCCAGCCACCCUCCUUUUGCUGCCGUCCACCAUGGGCCGCCAUUCGCCGUCCGUCGGCCACCGUCUCCCGUCGUCGACCGCCCUCCUCCCGUCGCAGCCCGUCACAGGCCCCCACCUGCAGUACGCCGGCCACCAUCUCCCGCCGCCAGCCACCCUCCUCCCGCUACCGUCCACCAUGGGCCAUCACUUGCCGUCCGCCGGUCACCGUCUCUCGCCACCGAUCGCCCUCCUCCCGUCGCAGUUUGUCGCGGGCCCCCACCCGCCGUACGCCGGCCACCGUCUCUCGCCGCUAGCCACCCUCCUCACGCUACCGUCCACCAUGGGCCGCCACUCACCGUCCGCCGGCCACCGUCUCCCGCCGCCGACCGCCCUCCUCCCGUCGCGGGCCCCCACCCGCCGUCCGCUGGCCACCGUCUUCGGCCACCCUCCUCCCGUUGCUGCCCACCAAGGGCAGCCACCCGCCAUCCAUCGGCCACCGUCUCCUACCACCGACCGCCCUCCUCUUGCUACCGCCCACCAAGGGUCGCCACUCGUCGUCCGCCGGCCACUGUCUCCCAUUGCCGACCGCUCUCCUCCCGUCGCAACCCGUCGUGGGCCCUCACCCGCCGUCCACCGGCCAUCGUCUCCCGCUGCCGACCACCCUCCUCCCGUUACCAUCUGCCUUCUGUCGUUGCCGCCCCACUCUCGCCCUCCUCCCGUCGCCUGCCGCUGCCCGACGCCGGCUGCCUCCAUCCGCCGUCCUCCGCAUUGGUCGCGUCGCCAUCCGCCGCCACCUCCCCCGCCGUCCGUCGCUUGUCGUUUGAUGCCACUAAAUGAGAAGUUAAAAUUUUCUGCUUCACUCACUUUUAUUGCUCGCCCUCACCGCCCAACUGCUAGUCGUUUCCCGCUUGCCGCCGACCGUCACCCCCUGUCAUUCGCCGCCGUUGCCUGCCUGCCUGCCAUUCGCCUCCACUCGCUGCCCGUUGGCUGUCACCCACUGGCCGUUUGCUGUCCAUCACCUCUCAUCGUCUGCCGCUGCCUGCCUGAUGUCGCCCGAUGUUGCUCGGUGUCGCCCGCCACCCUCCGUUCGCUCAUCGCCGACUGGUCAGCCGUCUACCUCUGCUUGCCACCUGCUCGCCGCUAG